GACUAGAUAUUUCAGCCACCAAUUCUACCAUACCAACUGUCAUCCCUAUUGCGAUAGUAGACCGACCCUGUAGUAUUUAUAUCCGCUAUGUACGUAAUCAUGUAUUGAUGGAAUAGUUAUCGGAGGUGUGUAUUUAUAUUUAUACUAGUAUAGUAUUUAGAUGAACUGCAGAACUCGGUAACUUUACCAAAUGGUGGUAGAGAAAAAAAGGUUGAGAGAAGAUCGGUCCAGAACUAAAAAUUGGAAACGAUGGGGACCGUAUUUAUCGGAGAGGCAAUGGAGUACGGUUAGAGAGGAUUAUUCUCGAGAUGGUAAUUGCUGGGAUUAUUUUCCCCAUGACCAUGCUCGAUCUCGCGCAUAUCGAUGGGGAGAAGAUGGAUUGAUGGGUGUAACAGAUAGACAAUGUCGGCUUUGUCUGGCUCUAGCAUUAUGGAACACCAAAGAUAAAAUAUUAAAGGAAAGAUUAUUUGGAUUGACCGGUUCUCAGGGUAACCACGGUGAAGAUGUAAAAGAAUUAUACUAUUAUUUAGAUAGUACACCCACCCAUUCCUAUAUGAUGGCUCUAUAUAAAUAUCCACAAGCUGAAUUCCCUUAUUCUAAACUGAUACACGAAAACGGUAGACGUACAACGCAGAUGAGAGAGUAUGAGAUACUAGAUACAGGCAUAUUUGAUAAUGAUGAUUAUUGGGAUAUAAAGGUAGAAUAUUGUAAGACCACACCAAAUGAUAUAUUAGGUAGAUAUAAAAUAAUCAACAGAUCAUCAGAAACACGUGAUAUCUAUGUUUUACCUCAGUUGUGGUUUAGAAACGUCUGGUCGUGGGGUGACGACUGUGAUGCAUGGGCUCCAGACAAACCACACAUGCACAAGACACGUGAUGGUAAAGUUUCCUGUAAACUAGCUGAUAUAGGCCAGUUUAAUUUUGAAGUAGAUAUUGACCAAGAUGGAAAUAAACCACAACUGAUUUUUACUGAAAAUGAAACAAAUUAUAAAAGAUUAUUUGGCGGGGAAAAUAAAGCAAAAUAUGUUAAGGAUGCAUUUCAUAAUUACAUCAUACACGGUGAUAAAAGUGUCGUGAAUCCGGAGAAUAAAGGUACAAAAUGUGCAGCAGUCUAUAAGCUAAGAAUAGAAGGCGGUGAAUCGUUUAUGAUCAGAUUGCGUCUAUAUCAUCUUGAUGAAGCUCCUGGAGAUGCCUUUUUACAUUUUAAUGAAAUAUUUGAAACUAAAAUACACGAAGCUAAUGAAUUCUAUGAGGAGGUUAUACCAUUUAAAAAUCACGAGGAACAGAAUGUGGUACGACAGGCUUAUGCUGGUAUAUUAUGGAGUAAACAGUUUUAUCAUUAUGUUGUUAAAGAAUGGUUGCGUGGAGAUAAGAAUCAUCCUAAGCCACCAAUAGAACGACUCGAAGGUAGAAAUCAUGACUGGCAACACCUGUUUAAUAGAGAUGUUAUAUCAGUUCCUGAUAAAUGGGAAUAUCCUUGGUAUGCAUCUUGGGACCUCGCUUUUCAUAUGAUACCCUUUGCUAAUAUCGACAUUCAUUUUGCUAAAGAACAGUUGUUAUUGUUUCUAAGAGAAUGGUAUAUGCAUCCGAAUGGACAGAUACCUGCGUAUGAAUUUAGUUUUGAUGAUGUUAAUCCGCCUGUUCAUGCCUGGGCUUGUAUAAAUAUAUACAGGAAAUCGGGGGAAAGGGGUUAUCGUGACGUCACAUUCCUUGCUCGAUGUUUCCAUAAAUUAGUUUUAAAUUUCACAUGGUGGGUAAAUAGAAAAGAUCCAACUGGUCGACAUGUUUUUACGGGUGGGUUUCUGGGUUUAGACAAUAUAGGAUUAUUUGACAGAUCUAAACCACUACCUACUGACGGGUUUCUUCUACAGGCUGAUGCUACAGCUUGGAUGGCGUUUUAUUGUGCUAUAAUGUUAGAUAUGAGUUUAACAUUAGCCAAGAGAGAUGUUAUAUAUGAAGAUAUGGCCAGUAAAUUCUUUGAACAUUUUGUCGCCAUUGUGGACGCCAUGAAUAAACAUACAGAAAGAGGAUUAUGGAAUGAAACCGACGGAUUCUACUAUGAUCAUAUACACCACAAUUCUAGAAGUAUUCCAUUAAAAGUUAGAUCUAUGGUUGGACUAGUGCCACUCUUUACAUGUUUUGUUCUCAAAGAAACGGAACUUCGAAGACAUCCUGGUUUUUAUAAACGAACAAAGUGGUUUUUGGAACAUCGUAAAGAUCUGAAGUCAACAAUCUCAUUCAUGGCUCCGGGUGGACAGAGUGAAACUUUAUUAUUAGCUAUAGUAACAAAAGAAAAACUGAUAAAAAUACUGAGUUAUAUUUUAGAUGAAAAUGAAUUCCUGUCACCAUAUGGCGUUAGAUCAUUAUCGAAGUACCACGAAAAGAAUCCAGUAUUUCUUCAUUUAAACGGUACAGAAUACAGUGUUGAUUAUAGUCCUGGUGAAUCGAAAUCCAAAUUAUUUGGUGGAAACAGUAAUUGGAGAGGUCCAAUAUGGUUACCAAUGAAUUAUCUGUUAAUAGAUAAUCUACAGAGAUAUGAUUAUUUCUACGGUGAUACUUUACAAGUUGAAUGUCCAACUGGUUCCGGAAAGAAAAUGAGACUCAAAGAUGUUGCUCGAGAAUUAUCAUGUAGAUUAUCCAAACUCGUGGUUCCUGAUAUUUUUGGAAGUAGAGCAUGUCACGGUGAAGACGAACGGUACACAAAGAAUCCCCAUUUUAAAGAUCUGGUUUUAUUUUAUGAAUAUUUUCAUGCUGAAACUGGUCGAGGUUGUGGCGCUAGUCAUCAAACGGGAUGGACAGCUUUAGUAGUUAAUUUGUUGAAAUGUUCCCAUGACAACAGAUCGUUAUCAUCUGAUAGUACGAGUUCUCUAUGUAGUGGUGAUAUAAACGAUCAUAUUCAUCAUGGUUCAUCUUUAUAAUCUAUUCAAUAUCUUAUAAUACAGUCAGUAACCAACGAUAAAACAACACCCCAUCAUUGUCGUCCAGUGUCAUUUCAAUCUAAUAAAAAUAUAAAUCUAUAUUUCGUUUCGUUUUUUACACUUUCGAUGGCCUACACUGCAUGUAGUAGUAAAGAAGUAAAAAGGAAAUUUUGAACUAUAAAAAACGAAACGAAAUUGGAUUUGUGUUUUAAUCAGAUUGGUGUCAUUUUGUCACCGAGAAAUAUUCUUGUUAGUUAGCCUACUUAUAUUGAACCGCUAACUAGGAAACGUAUGCAUAAUUUAUCAGAUAAGUUUCGUACAAUGUAAAACUGGCACGAUCAAUUAAAGAUAGAAGAUAAAGAAUCCUUCGCAGCGGUAAAUAGAUCAAACGAUCAUGGUUACAAAGAUGGGAGAAUUUAUUGUAAAUAUGACACUUAUAAAGUAGUGUACUCCUGAUUUAUUUCCUGACGUGUCCAUUCAUAAUAACUUUAUAACGCUUAAAUUAAAGUGCACAUAAGAUGGGCUUCGGAACUUUUCGAUACGUGUAGCCAUAAGUACAUUCAAUUAAGAUUUUUAAUCUUAUGUGGUUUUCAAAAUACGUCAUUUACAGUGACAGUGCCGGUGGAUCGAACAGAGAGAAUGAAUAUAGGAUUACAUAAUUAAUCAAUAGUCGAAUUAGGCGACAGUCGAAUAUAUCAAAUAUAUAUAUAUAUACACAAAACUGCUUAUUUCUACAUUAUUUUACAGGGUUAUCAAUAUGUGAUAUUAUAAAACGCCUGAUUUAUAAGGGAAAUAUUAUUUGUUGAUUGUUUAUAUUACCGCAAUGCAAAUAAAUAUUAAAAUAAAAAAAAAAUAA